GGCCAGGCCGGGGCCCAAGCCGACUCACCCCGGCCUGCCCCAGGCGCCCGGGCCCCGCCUGCUGCUGCAGCUCCAAGCCGAGCAGCCCUCCGCCCUCCUUGUCCUGUCUCCCUUCCAGCCCAGACGAGAGCCGCUCAGCCUCUUCCAGCCUCCCGGUCUUUCUCCCGUGGUUCCUCCUCCUCCCGCAGCUGCCGCUCCCAAGGUGCUGCCAGCAAAACCCGAGCCACUUCUGUUCCUGCCCCCUUCGAUGGUGCCCCUCGAUGGCCCUACCUGUAGGACGGAGCCGGCGGCGCUGCCGUCCGGAGGAAUGAUAUAUGUGAAGACCGAGAGGCCGGACACCGGGUCGCACUUGGACAGGCCGGCGCACGAGCCGUUGGGCUUCAGGCCGGCGAGGUGCGAAGCCGCUCUCGGAGGGCGUCAGCCGGACCGGCCGGGGCAAGAGGAGGGCAAGGUUGAGGGCAGCGGGUGGGCCGCAACGCGAGGACGUCCAGAGUGGCAGGGGCGAGGAGCCGUCGUCAAAACCGAGGACCCGGAGAGGCCGCGCGAAGGCCGCGGGCCUGGCGGCGACGACGCUUGGCGGGCCGACCCGCCGGCGUCCGGCGGCCUGCCCCGCUCCGACGGGGACGUCGUCUCCAGCCAGACGGCCGGUGCCCCGGGGAUGCAGCCGCAGGAACUGAGGAUCCCUCUGACCCUCCAGGCGGUGACCCCCGGAGCCAGAAUCCAGCUCCGGGGGGCUCCAGCCUCGGAGCUCAUACGGCUGACUAAGGCGCCCGCGCCCGCCGUACCCAUCAAAAUGCAGUCUUUACUGGAGCCGUCCGUAAAGAUUGAAACCAAAGACGUCCCGCUCACCGUGCUUCCCUCAGACGCAGGAAUACCCGACACACCCUUUAGUAAAGACAGAAAUGGUCACGUGAAGCGACCCAUGAACGCCUUUAUGGUCUGGGCAAGAAUCCAUCGGCCUGCGUUAGCCAAAGCGAACCCAGCAGCCAACAAUGCAGAGAUCAGUGUCCAGCUCGGAUUAGAGUGGAAUAAACUUAGUGAAGAACAAAAGAAGCCGUAUUACGAUGAAGCCCAAAAGAUUAAGGAGAAGCACAGAGAAGAAUUUCCUGGUUGGGUUUAUCAACCUCGUCCAGGCAAGCGGAAGCGCUACCCACUAAAUGCUUCCUCAGUGUUUUCCACCACCACGCAGAGUAUCAUCACUACAAACCCAACAACAAUUUACCCGUACCGCUCGCCUGCCUACUCUGUGGUCAUCCCCAAGCUGCAGAGCACUAUAACUCAUCCUAUCAGUGACGCUCCGCCUACCAUCCAGCUGCCCGCGCUGCCUGCAUCUCCUGUCCAGCGUCUUAGUCCAAUUGCAAUCUUCCCGACCAGUGUUGCCAGUUCCGCUCCAGUGGCCAUCCCGGCUCCAAGUCUGCCCCUUCACCCAUCUCUUACCCCCCCGCAGCCCUUUGUCGGACCGCCUCAAACGGACAGUCAUUGCCUGCUUUCAGGAGCUGGCCACCCAGUAAAUAGACCUCCUCCAAUUACUUUGGAGAGUUCCAUCAUGAAUCUGGAGAGUACCAUCCUGAAUCCAAAUGUCAGCACAAAUACCAUCCAUGCCAGAUACACCCCCACCACCAUCCAGCCUCACGAAGAGUAUCCUGGGAUUGCCACUUGCUCCCGAAGUACACCAGUCUCCCAUCAGGCAUCACCCAUUCCACACCCGCAGGUCUAUCCACCACUGUUUGGAGCACCAGCUCGGUUUCCAUUUCAUCACCCUUACUUCUUGCCCGGGCCGCACUACUUUCCUUCCAGCACCUGUCCUUAUAGUCGGCCACCCUUUGGCUAUGGAAAUUUCCCAAGUUCAAUGCCCGAAUGCCUUGGCUAUUAUGAAGACCGGUACCAAAAGCAUGAAGCUAUGUUUUCUGCUUUAAAUAGAGACUAUUCCUUCAGAGACUAUCCCGAGGAACCCCCACGCAGUGAAGAUUCUCAGAGUUGUGAGAGCCUGGAUGCACUCUCCUAUUACAACAGCUAUAGCUGUGGUGGGGAGGAGUAUUUUAACCCCAUUCAGCAGAUGGACAUUGGAGCCUUAGAAAAUGUGUUCACAGAUUCUGCAUCACCACCCUCUAGUAUCCAGCAGGUCAAUGUGACCGACAGCGAUGAGGAGGAGGAAGAAAAAGUGCUCAGAGAUUUAUAAUUUUAAAUCAGAUGAUAAAUACAGAAAAUAAACAUUUCUAAAAAACCUUUUGGGUCAGUUGGUUUUAGAAAAGGCUGAGGUACUUUGGAAAUAGGUUUCAGCCAAUUUUGAAAAGUCAAAUUCAAAUGCUGUUUCUUUUCACAGAAAUACUUUGAUCAGUAAAACUGAGUUCUCUUUCACAAUCAGAACUUUAGGAUAUGAAAAUUUUAUUUUUAUG